ACCAGCAGGGGAGGGAGGAGGGAGCGAGGCCGCCCCCCGCGCCCCUCCUCCUCCCCCCUCCUCCGCGGCUCGCCGGGCCCUCCUCCCCGCCGCCUCCCUCCUCCCUCCUCCCUCCCUCUCUAAGACAUCCCCGCACGGCCCGGCCGCCGCGGCCACCUUCCCUGCCCGAGCUGCAGAUGUGGCGGAGCGGCCGGGCGCCGGGCGGCCGUGCCAGGGGAGCCCGCGCCGCGUGAGCCUCGCGCCCCGGCCCCCGCCCGCCCCGGCCCCUCCCCCGCUCGCUCCCCCACCGCCCCCAGACCGCCGGAGCCCGCAGCCGGGAGCCCGACCGCCCCCGCCGCCGAGGUUCCUGCCUGAAAACCAGCUUGGGAUCCCCCCGCUGCCUGCAGCCACCUCCUACCCAGCCCCCCAUCACCAUGCACUCCUUGGACGAGCCGCUCGACCUGAAGCUGAGCAUCACCAAGCUCCGGGCGGCGAGAGAAAAGCGUGAGAGGGCGCUGAGUGCAGUCCGGCACCGAGCUCUGCACAGGGAGCUCGGCCUGGUGGACGACAGCCCCACCCCAGGCUCUCCAGGCUCCCCGCCCUCAGGCUUCCUGCUGAACCCCAAGUUCCCCGAGAAGGUAGAGGGACGCUUUUCGGCUGCCCCUCUGGUGGACCUCAGCUUGUCACCGCCAUCUGGGCUGGAUUCCCCCAAUGGCAGCAGCUCGCUGUCCCCUGAGCGCCAGGGCAAUGGGGACCUGCCUGCAGUGCCCACCGCCCCGGACUUCCAGCCGCUGCGCUAUCUGGAUGGCGUCCCCAGUUCGUUCCAGUUCUUCCUGCCUCUGGGCUCCGGGGGGGCCCUGCACCUGCCUGCUUCCUCCUUCCUCACCGCCCCCAAGGACAAGUGCCUCUCACCAGAGCUACCCCUGCCCAAGCAGCUGGUGUGUCGCUGGGCCAAGUGUAACCAGCUCUUCGAGCUCCUGCAGGACCUGGUGGAUCACGUCAACGACUACCACGUCAAGCCCGAGAAGGACGCAGGGUACUGCUGUCACUGGGAGGGCUGUGCCCGCCACGGCCGCGGCUUCAACGCCAGGUACAAGAUGCUCAUCCACAUCCGCACGCACACCAACGAGAAGCCACACCGCUGCCCCACCUGCAGCAAGAGCUUCUCGCGCCUGGAGAACCUGAAGAUCCACAACCGGUCGCACACAGGGUCUUCCUGGAAGUGUGGAAGCAAAUGUGUGGUCCUGCCGGUGGAGGUGGUCGCUGUCACCCACAAUUUGAAGCACGGGACCGAGGCCGAGGGCACACCACCAGGCCGCAGGCAGGGCUGGGGUGUGACCAGGGACCAGGCCGGCUGCUCAGCGCCUGUGCCCUGCUGUCCCCAGCUGGGAAGAGAUCUCGUGCCAGGUGAGAAGCCCUACGUGUGUCCCUACGAGGGCUGCAACAAACGCUACUCCAACUCGAGCGACCGCUUCAAGCAUACGCGCACCCACUACGUGGACAAGCCCUACUACUGCAAGAUGCCCGGCUGCCACAAGCGCUACACGGACCCCAGCUCGCUGCGCAAGCACAUCAAGGCCCACGGCCACUUCGUGUCUCAUGAGCAGCAAGAGCUCCUGCAACUGCGCCCGCCCCCCAAGCCACCGCUGCCCACCCCCGAUGGCGGCCCCUAUGUCAGCGGAGCCCAGAUCAUCAUCCCCAACCCUGCUGCCCUUUUUGGAGGCCCCGGCCUGCCUGGCCUGCCCCUGCCCCUGGCCCCCGGCCCCCUUGACCUCAGCGCCCUGGCGUGUGGCAAUAGCGGGGGCGGUGGGGGUGCAGGGGGCAUGGGCCCCGGGCUGCCGGGCCCAGUCUUGCCCCUCAAUCUGGCCAAGAACCCGCUGCUGCCCUCACCCUUUGGGGCUGGUGGACUGGGCCUGCCUGUGGUCUCCCUCCUCGCUGGCUCCGCUGGCGGUAAGGCCGAGGGGGAGAAGGGGCGCGUGGCAGUGCCAGCCAGGUCUCUGGGCGUGGAGGGCCGCAAGACACCCCUCGAGAGGACUGAGAACAGCCGCUCCCGGCCGAGCCCUGACGGACUCCCCCUGCUGCCGGGCACCGUGCUGGACCUGUCCACGGGCGUCAGCUCGGCGGCCAGCAGCCCAGAGGCACUCGCUCCGGGCUGGGUGGUCAUCCCUCCAGGCUCCGUGCUGCUCAAGCCGGCUGUGGUGAACUGAACCCGCCUGGUGGACAGCUACCUGCGGCCCAGCUAGGAGCUCCCGGCCCCCUGCCCCCGACGAACAGAAACUCUUCUGCGAAAUAGCAAUAAUGUCCUCCUGCCCCUGGGGCCUGGUUGGCUGUGUCCCCCAGGCAGACCCAGCCCCAGACAAGCUGGGCAGCAAGGAUGGUGCUAGAAGGUCACUGGUGGUGUCCCAGGCUCCGGAGGGGAAGCUGGUCCUGCUAGCCAGGGAGAGCUGUGCUCCUGGGUGCUGAGGCCUCGCUCACCUCCAGCCCACCCCCUGCCCUCUCCUUCACCUAGUCCUCAGAUGCCCUGGCUCUCCACCAUCCUCCCUCAUUCAGGACCUCCCUCAUCCAGUCACCAGCCUGGGUAGGUCACCUGCCCCCUCCCUGCCAUGACCACCCGCCAGCCAUGUUCCCGUCCUGCCUAGCCUCUCUGGGCCCCUGCUCUGGGGGCUUCUUGGACCCCUUUCCCUCUGGCCCACCCUCCAGAGGGAGAGCAAGACAGACGCAGGCAAAGCCACAGGAAAAAGCCACCUUAUCCCUAUGACAAGGCGCCUCCAAACUCCGAGAGGGAGGCCCGCUCUGCCAGCUGCCCCUCACCACUAGCCUGUCCGGAAAGAGCCAGCAUGGAGGGUCAGCUCCUUGUCCAGGCUGGACACUCUCCCAAGUGAGGGGCCCAUUGACCACUCACCUGCCCCUUCACUACUGGGCCUUCUCCCUCUCCUUUCAGGGAGCCCUGGGGAUGUGGGGAGCAAAGCCCUAAGCGAGGAAGAGAGAUGCCAGGACCUUGGGCCCUUGCUUGGCUCAGGGGGCAAGUGGGACCAGGAUUGGCCCAGGGCAGUGCCACUCCGCACAAGGGACCAUGGAAGCUUGCAGGGUGUCAGGAGAUGGGAGGCUGGCUGGGGACAACCCCAGGCUAGGACACAGCCCCAAUUCUGGGGGUGCCAAGUCACAGCCAGCACACAGGAGGGGUAGGGCUCCAGGCCAGUGCUGGGCAUGGGACCUUUCCAGAGGCCAUGGACAGAAAGCCCCGGGCUUGGGGGUGGUAAAGCGAACCGGGAUGGCCAUGGGAGGGCCCCAACUCUGUGCCUGGGGAGGGGAAGCUGGAGGAAGGUGCCUGGAUUUAAAACAUGAUUGUUUCCUUUGGCUUUGGCUCCUCCCAACUGAGCCUCUAUGCUAGAGGUACCCCCCGCCCCCCACUUUCACUGGCAUGGGCCAGAAUAAGCUAAGGAUGCUGGUGCUCCAUAUGCCCUACAGCCCACAGCCCAACCCUAGCAGGCCUUGGGGCCGCAGCACAUAUGCUUUCCCCACCCUGAGCCCCUGCUGUUCCUCCCUGGAGGUGGCCUGGUGCCACCUGGGAGGUGCUGGCCUGGCAGUCAGGACUUCUGGCUCCAAGGCCUGCCCGGUCCUUGGCCACAUGACCAAGCACUCCAUUCCCCUGCUGUAGGACUGGGAGCUGCAGGCCAGCAGCGGGGUGGUUAGCAAGCCUGCAGACCCCACCCUUUCCUGGACUGCCCUUCUGUCCUAGAGGGGUCACCCUGACCCGGCCUGCCCUGACAGGGCCUCGCAGUGCUGGCUCUGCCCCUUGAAGGGGCUGUGAGCAAAGCAGGAGGGAGCUGGUCUCCUUUCUUCGGGCCCCACCCAGGACCCAGGCCUUAAAUCCCCAGUUGGGGGUGAGGGGUUUGAGACUCAAGCCCAGGGAGCAGAGGAACAGGGCACUGGAAGGUGACAUUAGCAUGUGACUCGGUGAUAGACCAGGCUCGAAAGGGCUGGUGUACGUGUUGUUGUUGUGGGUUUGUUGUUGCACAUUCCAGGAUAUCAGUAUUUUAACAGGUUCUAAGUGCCUUUCUAUCGUAGCUUAUGUUUUUCCUCCUCUUGGCUCCAUUGCUGUUAGCAUAGAGUUUAAAAAAAAAAAGAGAUAAGCUAAUGACUAUAACAAUAUAUUCCUCCAUGUGAGAGGAAGUUUAUAAAGAAACAAUAAAAUUGAGUUGCAAAGACAGUUUCUGUUUUGGCCGUGCCACGAGCUGAGCCACCCUGCUUGGGAACCAUCCUGUGCCUGGUUUGGGUCACCCACCCCCAGAACGCAGCACCCAGAAGCCCUGUUCUGGGGCUUCCUUCCCACCCUGUGGGUGCCUCGGGGAGGGAGCGGCCAGAGGGGGCAGGUGCUGAGGGAGUAGACAUGGAAGAUUCUAGAUGACGCAGAACCUGGUCCUACCACCACCUGCUGUGACCCUGAUAAGAGCCUUAGUUCUGGGAAGACACAACUUGUCCAUUGAGAGUCUGGCAAAGGCUUCUCUCUCUACCUGUACUGGAGCAUUCCACCCAGAUUCCAGAGAUGCUAGAGUCAAACCCAGCUCAGGGAGAGGUUGCCUGUGACUGAGCCGUGGGCCUGGGGCUCUGGACCCGGUGGGAAGGGCUAGGGCAGGCCUGAGGGCGGGGAUGCUCAUGGCAGGAGGGGCCUGGCACUGGAGCUGUGAGGGCAGGAGUGGCCCUGUCCAGUACGUGACAGCUCAGCAGGCAGGGCAGGGCUGGGCUGGCUUCUUGCCAAC